UUGAUCCAAAUAACGCCGACAAGAUUUAGUUUAGCUUAUGAAGUGAGGGCGGAAAGGUUUCACAAACAAGGAAUUAAUUCCUAUUUUGGUGUUUGGUAGAAUACCAAGUUUUUGUGAGUCAUGAACAUUUAACUUCUAAAUAAUAAUUCUACUGUGUAACUCGACUCAAGAGACCUGAACUCGUCUUGGAUCCUGCUAUGAGAACACAGAAAUGUAUCUCCUAAUAUUGUUCGUGUGCGGCCUGACUCUGGCUACAGAGGACGAGCAACAAUACUGCGGGGGGCGCUACUCGCACCUGUGUAUGGGGAAAGGGCAGCAUGUGGCCUGCCAGUUUCCAGUGGCAGGUUCGGGACCGAACUGUCAAAACUACUCAAGGAUUCGUUUUACCGCUGAACUUCGAAAUGUUAUCACUAAUUUCAUAAACAAAAGGCGGCAGAGGAUAGCGGCGGGCCAUGAGAGAGUUCGAGGAGGCAAACACAUACCGACUCCGCAGGUCAUGAUGUUUGUUGAAUGGGAUGUCGAGUUAGCGAGACUCGCUCAGAGAUUGGCAGACCAAUGCUACUUUGUGCACGAUGAAUGCAGAGCGACAGUUCGCUACCCCUACGCCGGCCAAUCUGUAGGCGAAGUGCGAUGGCGACAUCUCAGCGACAACUACGAACUGAGCGCUCAGCGCGCCAUACGACGGGUGUUCGACGCCUGGUGGGGUGAACGGCGGCGGGUAGAACCGCAUCAACUAGUGAAGCCUUUCAGAAUUAGCGACAAAGGCCUAGCCUGGGGCCACUUCAGCCAACUCGCCGUGUGGACUCUCCGCGCGGUCGGCUGCGGCGCUGUCCGCCACGGCGAGGACUACCCUCGUCUGCUGCUCGUCUGUGACUUCUCCCAUACGAACAUGCUUGGAGAGAAGACGAUUAUUCCGGGAGAACCCGGGCCGUGCCCGGAGCAUACGAGAAGGAAAGCGAGGUCUAACUUCCCGCUGCUGUGUGCUUCGGAACCAUCCCAAACCGAAACUAAUGGAAAAAGAAAACAACAGAAUGGUCGUAAUGCCGUGGAGAAACAACAACAGAAGUUGCUAACUACAGCGGUGACCUUAUUAAGAGAAAAUAAAAAGGAAAUGAACUCAUUUCGAAUGUACGUAGGGGAAACAUUAGAACGAAUCUCACCUGAUCAGCGAGAAAUAGCCGAGAAGCUUAUUUCUGAGGUGCUUUUUCUUGCCAGAAGAAAUAAAUUAACCUCCGAAUCAAAAAUAGAUGCUUAUCCUCGUCAUGCUCAUCACAGCCAUGUUCAUCAAUACAAUCCCUCUCACUAUGUCAUACAAUCUCCUUUCUCGGCCAAAGUUACCCAGUUACCUCACUCGUCAUUCAAUGUUUCUUUCAAUCCAUUACCUCAGCCCGAGACGCACCAUCGUAUAUUAGUGUAUGCUCCACAAACUACUCAACGAGUUUCUUCACCUACAGUAUAUUCACCUACUCACGUCCGGACUCAACCUCCGCCUUCCUCGCCAUCUUUUCAUCCCACGCCUGUCACCUAUUCACCUCACCACAUCCAGUCACAUCCGACGCCUAGUCAAACGCAAAUUCCUAAUCCCUCGCCACCCUUUCAUCUUUCCCAAAACAUGCCUAUUACCUAUUCACCUCACUACAUCCAGUUACUUCCGACUCCUGGUCAAACGCAAAUUCCUAAUCCCUGGCCAUCCUUUUAUCUCUCCCAAAACACGCUUAUUACCAAUUCACCUCAUCACAUCUUGUCAUCUCCAACUCCGACUCAAACGCAAAUUCCUAUUUCGUCGCCAUCCUUUCAUCUCUCCCAAAACACGCCUGUUACCUAUUCACCUCUUCACAUCGAGUCACCUCCUUCUCCGACUCAAACUCCUAAUCCCUCGCCAUCCUUUCAUCCUUCACAAAACACAGCGACAACUACGUCGUCUAUCAGCUAUACACUUCGUGUCCAGUCGCCGCCGAACCCGACCCAAAUGCAAACCCCCGCAUCACUUUCACCUGUCAUAUAUUCUCCCAUUCAUAGCCAAGUUUCACAUCCUUACACACAACCGCCUACCCUACAUGUGCCUGAACCCCAAGAUGACUCAUCAACUCCCGACCCUUCUGACAUGGAUGAUAAUGAUGAUAUCAACGACGAUAUGGACAAAUACUCGGAUCCGUCAAAUGAAGUAUUAAAAAAAUUAUCGGGUGUUAAAAAAUAAAUAAGUAGGCAUUUAUUGAUAUGAUCAUUUACAAUAAUAAAUCAUUUGCAACUUA